AUGGCACACGCACGCACGUUUUCCCGCCAGCUCGGCAGUACGCUCCCCACGCACAACCAACCUCAAGUUCCACCUCAGAUCAUCAUCUCCGACUCAGAAGAUCCACAUAAGCCUAUAUACCACCAGACACUGCACUGGAAGAACUCCCUCCUUGAUUCCGUCCAAUCUUCGCACACCCAAACUAGCACCUCCUUUCACAGUCUUCUGACGAAAAUCAAAACGAUAGCUCCCAGAUCUAAAGUACUCCUCGGCCUCCUUUGCCUUCUUUCUCUGGUGUCAGUCAUCGCGGCAGCAAGUGGAGUACGCCCUGAUAUUCUGACGGGAGGAGAUCGAUCUCCAUAUACACGAACACAUUAUGUGACGCACAAUAGGGGUCGGAAGUUUGAUCAUAAUAGGGAGAAGAGGGUGAAGCGGGAAGAGCCUCCAGUGCCAAUACCGGUACCGGUGAUAGGACUCACACCCAAGAAGAUUGCUCCAGUGGUUCACACGGAGGAGAAGAAAGUAAAGAGAGGCGAAGCGCCGGUUAUGAGACUUACACCGAGGAAAUCCAUACCAAGAGAAGUUGGGGGUGGAACAGAUGUACCGGUUACGAUUUCGACAAUAACUAGUAGUGUAGCCGGUAGUGCGACAGGAAUGCCAGCUACCUGCGAACCGACCAUGUGCAUUUUACCUUAUUGCGAUUGUACGGGUUUGAAUGAUGAAGAGUAA